AUGAAACAUAAGGGGUGUCUGGAGUUUGGGAAAAGAUUCAAGCAACGUGGAAGGGUGAAGAAACACACGGAUGUGCAGACGAAGGAUAAACGUCACGAGUGUCCAGUGUGUGGGAAAAAAUUCAGUCGUCGUGGAGAGGUGAAGCAGCACCUAGUUGCGCAUGUGGCAGAUAAGCCUCAUGAGUGUCCGGAGUGUGGGAGAAGAUUCAAGCAGCUUCAACAUCUGAAGACACACAUGGGUGUGCAUAUUGGGGAUAAACCUCUUGAGUGUCUAGUAUGUGGGAAAAGAUUCAGUGGUCAUGGCUAUAUGAAGACUCACAUGCUUGUACAUACAGGGGAUAAACCUCACGAGUGUCCAGAGUGUGGGAAAAGAUUCAGUCAACUUGGACAUGUGAAGACUCAUAUGGCUGUGCAUACAGGAGAUAAACCACAUGAGUGUCCCGAGUGUGGGAAAAGAUUCAGUCUUCUUGGAAAUUUAAAGACUCACAUGAUGGUACAUACGAACAAGAAACCUUUUGAAUGUGCCGAGUGUGGGAAACGAUUCAGAGAACGCAGUGGUAUAAUCAGACACGUGCUUGUGCAUACAGACGAUAAACCUCAUCAGUGUCCAGAGUGUGGAAAAAGAUUUAAGCACCGGAAUUACGUGAGACGUCACAUCAUAUUAUGGCAUGCAGAUGAUUAA